AUGCGGGGUAGAACAGUGGCCCCAGACUGGCGCUUAAGCUCCCCAUUCCCCGGAUAUGCUUGUCACUUCCUCGUAGACCGUAGCUGGGCUAACAACAAUGCCGUAUUCGAUGCUCCGACAAGCGCACUCCGCAACAUGGUCCGGGCAUGCGAGUUCUGCCGCAGACGCAAGAUCCGCUGCGACGCCUCUAAGCCAGCCUGCUCCACAUGCCGGAAUAGCAACAGGUUGUGUGUCUAUCACAAUCGGCCACCCAAGCAGCGCCCUUCCGCCGCGCUUAUUGACUCGCUGCAGAGCGAAAAGACGGCGCUGGAAGAUGCGCUGAGGCGGCUGAAGAGCGCAGAUGAUGCUGAAAGGCGCGCUUUGCUUGACUCGGUGAUUGUGCGGAACGGCCGCAUAUCACUAUCAGACCGAAGCAGUGUAUCGACAGCGGCGUCACCGCAUGGGCGGUCCGCCUAUCAAACGGAGCAUGGCAUGGAACAGCAGCUGCUGGGCGGUCAUGAUGCAAGAACGAGGGAGGAUGGCGGUGAUGCGGUAGAUGGCGAGGACAACGACCAUGACGAUGACGGUGUUCAGCACGAGACCGAUACAGCGCUGUCUUUGAUAAGUAAAAGCCACGCAACCAGCGAUGGCAUCUUCAGCUCAACCUCUGUGGUCCAUGUCGGCAGCCCGAUUACCAACCCCGAGCGACCCCCAGCAUUGACAGAGUCGCUACGGUACCAGCUGAUUGCCAGCGCUGCAAUGGAGAGGCAGCGCGAGCACCGUCUGCGUCGGUUGACUUUCAUCAGGGGAAUACCGGCGGACCUAGUGCUUCAUCUCCUCGAUCUUCACUGGAGCAGGCAGCAUCACACAUUCCUUCUCACCUAUCGACCUGCCUUUAUGCGAGAACUCGAACACGGGGGGCCGUACUGCUCUGAUCUCUUGCUGUACGCCGUCUUAGCGUGUGCGUCUAAAUUCUCCGAGCGGCCUGAGGUGCGCAGUAACCCGAUCGACUCGGAAACAGCCGGACGGCGCUUCUUCGCCCGUUGCCACGAGCUCCUGCUAGUCGAGGGGUUGAUGACCCAAUCGAGUAUACCGACUGUCAUCGCGAUGGUGAUGCUCGGGUCGACGUUGAUUGCAAGAGGACUGACGUCCAAGGGCUGGUUAUAUACCGGGUACGCGAUGCGUAUGGUUUACGACCUAGGUCUCUACUUUGAGUCGCAAGAGCCUCACAGGCAUAACGUCGAAGAGAUUGAGAUCCGGCGACGGGUCUUCUGGGGCGCGUUCGUCUGCGAGAAGCUUCAAAGCCUGUACCUUGGGCGGCCACCUACGAUUCGACUCCAGGAUAUCCAUGUGUCGCUGGACUUUCUGGAUACCUUCGAGGAGCUGGAGCCGUGGGAGCCCUACAACGAGCCGAGUACGGACACAAUCAUGAAUCAUGCAGCGUCUUCUCCAGCGCCACUGGCGUAUUCGGUGACUACCUUCCAGCAGCUCUGUCUGCUUUCCCAAAUUAUGACCCAGAUCAUUGACAAGAUCUAUUAUGUUGGAGCCACCGCUGCAAAGACAAUCCAUGAGAUAGAGGCCCUCGAUGAUGCCCUCACAGCAUGGUAUCGUAAGCUGCCGGUUCACCUGGUUUAUGAGCCCUGGACGAAGGACCCUUUGGAACCCCCGGUCAGAGUUGUGCCAAAUCGCAUCAUUAUUCUGACAACCUACCACUCGCUCACUGUCCUCUUGCACCGACCGUUUAUCACAGCGCCAAGCAGCACAGGUGAUCGUAACUCGGUCGACACUAUUGGAACCCCUGCCUUCUCCUGGAAGCGGUGCACUGCAGCAGCACGGCAUAUCACCCGUCUCGCCCUCAGCUAUCAAUCCAUCUACCCGUUGCGAAAGUCCAGCUACUUGCUCAGUUAUGCUGUCUACGUCGCGUGCACAGUCCAUGUGCUCAAUACUGCCUCGCUUUCGGGUGAGAGUGACAGCAAUGCACACGCGGAAUCGUCCUUCCUACUUAGCGCAAGUCUAAAGUGCCUAGAUGCGUUGGCAGUCCCGAACUCUGGGGUUGCCGAUACGGCCCGUAUUAUUCGCAAGCUAAUGGCCGCCAAGGGCGUACAGGAGUCACCCAGUCAGUGCCUUUACUAUUUAUUCAUUGCUGUAAAUCAAAUCCCAACUGACGGUAUGCUCUUUACUUUAGCGCGCCCAGAGGUCCAGUCUUCUGUGUCUCACCGAAACACCGAUAAUGAUUGGCAGUUCCCCAAUGACUCCCCAACGUACUAUGAUAUUGAACAGAUGCAACCCUUCCAGGAUACUUUCAUUCAUGGCCAAGACUUAUUGUUCGGCUUCAUGAAUGAGAAUAUGUCCCUUCCGGCAUUUGAUAUGAAUGACACAGUUGUUUAA